AUGCAGCUGGGUGGCCUCCGCUUCCUGCUGCACGUCUCCCCCGGCGCUCCUCCUCCUCCUGCAGGCUCUCUGCGUUGCUGCUGCGAUGAGAGCAGCAGCAGCAGCAGCAGCAGCAGCAGCAACGGCUGCACCACUACCAGCAACCAGCAGCAGCAGCAGCAGCAGCAGCAGCAGAACAAACAAAAGCUCGAGCAGCAAAAAGAUGUUGCUGCUGCUCAUGCAGCAACGCCAGCGGGAGAAGCAAACGCAGGUAACCACAAACGGCGCUCAACCGAAGCAAACCUUCCUCAGCAGCAGCAGCAGCAGCAGCAACAGCAGCAGCAGCAGCAGCAGCAGCAGCAACCAAGCAGCAGCUGCAACGGUUUAUCUGACGAAUUGAAGCGCCGAAGAGUUCGCCCACACAGCCCUCUGGCUCACCAUCACAACCAGCAGCAGCAGCAGCAGCAGCAGCAGCAGCAGCAGCAGGAGCAGCAGCAGCAUGGUGUCUGUCGACGCUGCGGCUGCAAGGGUUUCGUUUCAUCUCCUGCAGCAGCAGCAGCAGCAGCAGCAGCAGCUGCUGCUGCUGCUGCUGCUGCUGCCUUCACACCUGUAUACUCCGCGCGCUGCCCCCGCCCCCUUCUCUCUCUCAACGCCGGUGACCCCCAGCUGGGGCCCCCCCUCCAGGGGCCCCCCCCACGGGGGGGCCCCCCCCUGGGGGCCCCUCUCCUGGGGGCCCCUCUCCUGGGGGCCCCUCUCCUGGGGGCCCCUCUCCUGGGGGCCCCCGUGGGGGCCCCCCUUGGUCUGCAGAGUUGCAUUUGCGUAGCGACUGGGGGCAGCUGA